AUGAGUUCAUUCGUUAAGAUAGACCAAACCUGUUUGGUUCAAGAUGGGCUCAACAGUCGAUGGGCCUAUACGUUCCCCGGAUCAGCGUGCAAUUUUCAGGAUGUUGAGGCUUCUAUCCAGUCGAUCAGUCUGUAUAACUCGGAAUUCAAUGUCGAUUCGAUUCAGUUCGCCAAUACAUCGUUUCAGAUAGAAGUACCUACCGCUGCAACGACAAGUGUCAUUAGUGUCAAUCUCGUUGAUGGAUACUAUCUUUACACAGACAUCAAUAGAAAUAUUCAAACGGCUCUCGUCAAUGCUGGGGCCUAUCUAAUCGACUCUAAUGGGGAUAAUGUUUUCUAUUUACAAAUCGAAGAGAACCGUACGUAUUACGCAUGUCAGCUCGAUUGCUCGCCAACUCCAACGUCGCUGCCUACCGGUUAUACGAGACCAACUACUGGUUUAUACUCGACUACGAGUCUGCUAAGCAAUACUAUUCCCCAGAUCUCGCCAACGUCUUCAUACGUUGUUAGGUGCGAUCUUAUCAAGAAUGAUUUCGUUGCAUCAGGUGAUAUCGUGAGUGUAUUUGAUAAAGGGGAUUCAACGAUUGGUAAGCAGAUUCAAUACUUCCCAAGUCAUGAGACUUGGUGUCGUACCCACGAUGGACCAAGGAGUACUGUAAGCAUCAGCAUCUGGAAUCAGAAUGAUCAAAGAGUCCAUUUCCGCGAUACGAGCGUUAAUAUUAUGCUACUCCUACGCAAGCGUCGAGCAUAA